CAAAGAUUACCGAAACCUGCAAAGAUUUUAGCGUUUGCCGUUUAGCAUUCACGUAUCCAAAUAUGGGAACGGUUGAGGAUAGCUGGGUUGCGAUAGUGACUAGAGAGGCGUGGCAGUGAGUUGUUGUCAAACUAAGGAGUUCAGCAUUUGUUUUGUUACUGGUGGAAGAGUGGAAUCUACCAAUGCCAGGUGUCAGCAUGCCUCUUGAAAAUAUGUUCUGCUCCCGCUGUGGGGAGGGAUUUGAACCCCACGAAAAGAUAGUGAACUCACAUGGACAACUUUGGCAUCCACAGUGUUUUGUGUGUGCGCAAUGUUUCAGACCAUUUCCAGAAGGUAUUUUUUAUGAGUUUGAAGGAAGAAAGUAUUGCGAACAUGACUUCCAUGUUUUAUUUGCACCAUGUUGUGGAAAAUGUGGUGAAUUCGUCAUUGGACGUGUAAUUAAAGCAAUGAAUGCUAACUGGCAUCCUCGAUGUUUCCGUUGUGAGAUGUGUGACAAAGAAUUGGCAGACCUAGGCUUUAUACGCAAUCAGGGACGUGCUCUCUGCCACGAAUGUAAUGCUAAAGCCAAAGCAGUUGGAUUGGGAAAAUAUGUAUGCCACAAAUGCCAUGGUUUGAUUGAUGAUAAACCUCUUCGUUUCCGUGGGGAAGUCUAUCAUCCAUACCAUUUCAACUGUGCCGCUUGUGGCACGGAACUUAAUUCUGAUGCACGGGAAGUGAGAAGUCGACCAGGAUUUACUGCAAACGAAAUGAAUGAACUGUAUUGCCUGCGAUGCCAUGAUAAAAUGGGUAUUCCUAUAUGUGGAGCAUGUCGUCGUCCAAUAGAGGAACGUGUUGUCACUGCUUUGGGAAAGCAUUGGCAUGUUGAGCAUUUUGUUUGUGCCAAGUGUGAAAAACCUUUUCUGGGCCAUAGACAUUAUGAGAAAAAGGGUUUAGCCUAUUGUGAAACUCAUUACCAUCAGUUAUUUGGAAAUUUGUGCUUUGUCUGUAACCAAGUGAUUUCGGGAGAUGUUUUCACUGCUAUGAACAAAGCUUGGUGUGUUCACCACUUUGCAUGUUCCAUCUGUGAUCAAAAGAUGAAUCAGCGUACCAAGUUUUACGAAUUUGACUUGAAGCCUGUGUGUAAGAAAUGUUAUGAGAAAUUUCCAUCUGAAUUGAAACGCCGAUUACGUAAGGCUCAUGAACAGACACCCAAGAAAACCUCUGCAUAAGAUGAAAGGAUGCAAGACAUCUACAAAUUCAGUUUCCAGAAUAAAAAUAUGCAACUCUUAUUUCAUUCCUACAACUACUGUGCCUUACUGAAGUGCCUGAAAUUUUUAUGUGUUCCACACUCUGGCUGCAGUUUUCUGUAUGAGCCUUUAUUUACAGUAGCGUGAUUACAUUAUGAAAUUGUUAUUGACCUACAACUUAUAUUGAUGAAUAUGUAUAAUUUUAUGUACAUCUCCACUAAAAUAACUGUAACUGUACAAUCUUAUGCAUGCCAUAUUUAUAACAUUUACUAUUUUGCUAGUGCUUAAUCCUAAAAAAAUUCAUUUAUGUUGUUACAGUUGUAAUAUUACCCAUUCUACCAGUGGGAGUUCUGUAAUAUGUGUUAUACAUGUUUGUUCAAAUGAUAGAUUGAAAUAGAAACUUCUUUUGUGGCAACACUGUUGGAUGCCCCAAUCAGGAUCACUAUCGAAAUGUGUAAAAUAACAAUAAAAACAAUCAAUUUUUGACAAAAUAGGGCAAUUGGAUAGAUAAAACUAUCUACUCAUCAAGUGGCAAAACACACACAUAAAAGAUUAUAAUUAGGCAAGUGUAUGGAGCCAGUGGCUCCUUCCUCAGGGAUAAGGGCUGAAGGGGAAGGAAGAGGCGGGAAGGAAAAGGACUGUAGAGGUUUAGGAAAAGGGGUAGAUUUCAGGAAAGUCACCCACGUACCUGACAGUAUGAGAAGGGGCUUACCCGAAUUCUACCCCUUUUCCUUCCCCUUCAACUCUUCUGACUGAAGACGGAACCACUGGCUCCGAAAGCUGCCUAAUUAUAAUCUGUUAUGUGUGUGUUCUGCUGCUGCUUCAUGAGUAGAUUUUUUUUAUCUAUCCAAUUACCUUAAAAUGUUUAAAGUGUAAUAACUGAUUUAAUAAUAUGCCAUUUUUCUCAGAUGAAUGUAAACAGUACAUGCAUAAUUUUGAACAAAACAUUGCAUAGAGUUACAAUAUUUAAAAAUAUAAAUAAAUAAGUAAUCCCCACCCCAACACACACAACCAAUAAGAACAGCAACAUCAGCAUGGAGGAGUAUAUUAGAAAAAGUGAUACUGUAACUUGAAUGCAACUGUGAUCUUAUGAGUUAGUAUUUUUUUCAGGCGCAAAGGAAUGGUUGCCAUUCCUAAUUUACAUUACUUUCUUCAGUGCAAAAAUUUCCCACUUUGUAAUAUUUUCAAAAAGUAAUGUGUGCAGUGAAAAUUAUGUGUUUUGAAAUUUUAUUAUCUUAAUUUAUGUUCACUUUUGGAUUGAAGCCUAGUAUACAGAUUUCCUGUUAAAUGAUCAUGCAGUAGCCUGCUAUUUCUGCUUCGCAUUUCUUUCUUUAAUCAAUAUUGUCCCGUGUCUUCAACCGAAGAGGUUGUAAGAUAAGUUUUUGCUCUCCAUUAUUGAGGAAUACUAAUUAGAAGAUAAAUAUGCCAUGACUUUUUAUUCUUUAAUAUUGUCAGUGAAGCACAGUCCUUCCCAUUUAUAGUAAAUGCGAUCAGUUUUUUAUAACUUGGUGUGUCCGUUCGUUGAUCAUUUGAACGAGCGCACUUUUGUUGUUGCUCCCCCCUCCGCCCCCUGCCCUGCCCCCCCCCCCCC